AUGUACCUGGGUACUCUCAGGAGCACGGCCAGAAGCAGCACCGCGGGGACUGCCGGCACUGGUAGCAGUGGGAGUCUCCUGCCAGCCUCCAACUUCACAGCGGUGCCUGCCUAUGCGCACGACAUGGGGUAUCCCCAUAUACCCAGCGUGGAUCCUCACGGGCCAUCGCUGGGGGUCUGGGGUUCACCCUAUAGCCCCUCUCGAGAAGACUGGAAUGUGUACCCCGGACCAUCCAGUACAGUGGGCACGGUGCCCAUGAACGACAUGAUCUCGAACCCUUCCGCUUUUGGCUCUCAGGAAUACAGCAACUUGGGCCCUGCGGGCGGGGGAAGCACCAGUGGAAGCCUGCCAGCCCCAUCCAGCCGGUUGCUGUUCCCCAUAGACGCUGAAGCUGCAGAUGCCAGUUCUCCCAACAGAAGCCGCCACAGCCCCUCUGCAUGGAUGCGAAAGACCUUGCAGGUGACCGGGAAAACCAGGACAAAAGAAAAGUAUCGUGUGGUUUACACCGAUCAUCAAAGAUUGGAGCUAGAGAAGGAAUUCCACUGCAACAGAUACAUCACCAUUCAGAGAAAAUCAGAACUGGCAGUCAACCUGGGCCUUUCUGAAAGACAGUACACUGAAAGUAUAUCCAACAUGUCUUAA